AUGGCCGCGGCGGCGCCGCCCCGGCGCAUCGGCAGGUCUACCGUCCACAUGGACGGCGGCGGCGCCGACAGGCCGACGCCGGCGAUUGAUGGUGUAGGCGGCACGUCCUCUGGCGCCGGGGCUGGGCGGCGGCCGGGCACCGACCUCUUCUCGGGGCCGGUAUGUGCCGCCGUGUUCGUCUCCUUUGCGCUCUGCAUCGUCGCCUUCUGCGUCUACUCCUUCCUCGCUCGUCGCCGCGCCAUCUUCGACGCCCGCCGCAGGUUCCUCGGCCGCGUGCGCGACAACUUCAACCGCCUCUCCGAAUGGUCAACCGACGGGCCAGUGCCACGGUCUCCUCCAGCAGCGACACCUCCAGCAUCAGUGACAACGGCCGACCGCGUUGACGAGCCACCACCUCCAGUAGCGACCACACCCCCCGGCUGUGACGUGCCACCGCCGCCUCCAGGAGCGAGAACGGCCACCUGCGAUGACAUGCCACCGCCUCGUGGACCAGCGCCGGCCCGCCCUGCACGGGGAGACACCUCCAACUCUCGCCUCGGUAACUGCCUGGUGUGCCUCGAGCCAUUACAUGGGCGUACCAACAUUAUGGCGGCGCAUGAGUGCGCCCAUGUGUUCCACGCGUCUUGCAUUGAGCCAUGGCUCCACAACAGGGGCUCCUGCCCCGUGUGCCAGUACACCGCCAUCCCCACCUCCAUCCCCAUCCCUGACCCCGCCUCCGCCUCCACCUCCACCUCCAUCGGCGACUGUCCAGUGUGCCUCGAGCCCUUGCUCCUUGAUUGUGGCGAUGUCAGGGCGGCACAUGCUUGCGGUCAUGUGUUUCACUCAUGUUGCAUUGAGCCGUGGCUCAACCAACAAGGCUCAUGCCCCGUGUGCCGGUGCACUGUCAACUCAACCUUCACGUCCACCUCCACCUCCAUCCCUACCCCCACCACUACCUCUACCACCAACUCCACCCCUAUCUCCGACACCAUCGGCUACUGCCCGGUGUGCCUUGAGCCUUUGCGUGCUGGUAGUGGCGACAUCAGGGCGGCACACGCAUGCGGACAUGUGUUCCACUCACGAUGCAUUGAGCGGUGGGUACGUCGACGGGGCUCAUGCCCUGUGUGUCGGUGCACUGUCCGCUUCAACCCCAACUCCACCUACAACCUCACCUCCAUGUCCACCUCCAACCCCACCACAAACACUAACCCCACCUACAUCCCCACCUCCAUCCCCACCCCCACCCCCACCCCAAACUCUACCUCCAACUCCGGCCCCGUCGGCGAAUGUCCGGUGUGCCUCGAGCCCUUAAGCGUUGGUGGUGGCGACAUGAAGGCAGCUCAUGUGUGCGGCCACGUGUUCCACUCCCGCUGCAUCGAGCGUUGGCUACGCCACCGCAACUCCUGUCCCGUGUGUCGUUGCACUGUCACGUGCAGUCACAACCCGUGAAACUAAGUAGCAUCUGCUACUACCAGUGGUGGUGCUUCCAACCCCCAAGAGACCGUGGUCCUAGUGAUUGUGGAACAAACGGGAGAAUAGGGGCACUAGAGCCGACGAUGGUGAUAUGCAAAGAUCCAUGAUCACUUGAGCUGAACUACUCAGUGGCUAAGACAACAUGCAACAAUGUUGGUAAUGACAACGAGUGUGACAGUUUGCCAGUAAACAAUUAUAUUGUACGGUUGUUUCUUUGCUUUGGAAUGAGAGCUUGCUUAGACAUAGUAGAUAUAUUUCAUUUAUAUUCUGUCAUUUGUUCAGUGAAAGAAAAUUCUUUUGUUAUUGGUGUUAUAUAGAGUUUGCUACAAUGUAAACCAAACCAUAGAGAUAAGGGUUUGGAAUUCGAUUUGAUUCUUUUAUUGUAUCUCCUCUCAAGCCUUGUAAUCUCUGGAUGUAAUUUGUUGCAUAUAUAAAUAA